AUGAAGCCGCUGUUGCGCGUCCUCGCCUGCAGGGAGCGCGCUGUAUCCUCCUACACAGGGGGUGCGCGCUGUACGGGGCUGCCCAGAGCGUGUCUGAGAGAUUACAGAACAUCCACUUCAUUAACUGGAGACACACAUAAAAGGACCAUAUUUUCAUCUGUGGGGAAGAAGUUCUACUUUGACACUCAUGCUGUUGUGCAAGUUCUGGAAGACAAAGGAUUCAGCACUCAGCAGUCGGAGGUCAUUGUGUCAGCACUAGUGAAAAUCAUGAAUACUAACAUGGAUCUCAUAUACCAGGACAUGGUUUCCAAAGUACAACAGGAGAUCACUCUUCAGCAGGUCAUGUCACACAUAGCUUCAGUAAAAAAAAAGGAUAUGAUCAUCCUGGAGAAAAGUGAAUUCUCUGCUCUCAGAACACAGAAUGAGAAAGUAAACAUUGAACUACAGCAACUGAAGAAACAGUUAAUUGAUCAUAUUCUUAAAGUUAGAGCAAACAACAAAAUGGACUUUAAUUCAGAGAAAAGCAGAGUAAAGGAAAUGUAUGCUGAUAAUGAAAGAAAACUCCUAGAACUUCGUACAGAGAUAGUGGAAAUGCAUUCCAAUCAAGACAAAGGACUGACACAAACCAGAAGGAAGAUUGACACAGAAGUAGCUGGCGUGAAAACGAUGCUGGAAUCGCAUAAACUUGACACAAUUAAAUAUCUUGCAGGUUCUGUAUUCACAUGCCUCACAAUAGCUCUUGGAUUUUACCGUUUGUGGAUGUAA